UAAGGAAGGAAAGAGGGUAGUUAAGGGUAGUUUUUUUUUUAAUUAUUUAAAGCGAGUUAACCAUUAACCCACAAAAAGAGUACAAGAACUCAGUUUUUCCAUCCGAUUUGAAGUUCUCACAAACCUCUAGCAAGACAGGCAGACGCUUUCAGAAGGGGUAAGAAGAAGCAUCUUUGUUUGGGAGCUGCUGUACAAUUUGGAUCUUUCGGCUGUCAGUAUUAUUGGUCUUUAUUGCCAAAAGUCCAUUUUUGUGAGUCAGAGUUUAGCUGUUAUAGAGGCUUUGGUUGUGCCGGAUGAAGCAUUUGACACAUUACUGUGAUUAUUAUCAUUAUUGAUGUCAUCAAAAUUACAGAUAAGGUUUUUUUUUAUUAUUUGUCUCAAUUGUAACAUAAAUAUCUGAAUCAAAUUGAUGGAAUUGGUCAUCUGGGUUCCUGACGGCACAGGAGGGUCAGACUUUGCUUUAAAUAGACUUUGCAAUGGUCAUGCAUGGAGAGUGUGAAAUCAUUGUGUAUCAGUUGAAUCCAAAAAGAGGGUUAACGAGUAACAGGACAGAAUUUGUCUGAAAUACUGUGACCAUGACAAUUUCCAGGGGCCACAUGGCUGACAGUGGAGCUGCACCAAUGCUCAUCACAGCUCUCAUUUUGGCGAUGCCGUACACAAUUGCACCAUGCUCUGGGGCAAAUGUAAAAAUUGGUGUUCCUGAAAAUUAUGAUGGCAUUUUUCCAUGGUAUCUUGCUAAGCUCACUAACCUUCCAAGUAAUUACACUGACCUGGUGGUGUCUGGAGAUGAGGAUGGGAUAUUUGGAAUUGAUGGUCAGUUUCUGUAUGCCACAAAACCUCUGGACAGAGAGAAACAGCCGUCUUACUCUCUGCAGGUGUCCUUUAGACCCUUACCUGUUCUUCAAAACAUCCGGACGUCAAUGCAUCGUCAGAGCUUCACUAUUGAAGUGUGUGUCAUCGACAAAAAUGACAAUAUGCCCACUUUCAAAAAGGAGACUAUGAGAGGCAGCGUGCAACUCGGCCUUCUGAAAGGGAUCCCAUUCAUGCAAGUGGAAGCCAUGGAUCGUGAUGACCGGAGCACUGCUCACGCUGAGCUGCGGUUCAGCCUCAUGGAACAAACUCCCAGAAUUCCCUCCAGUCAAAUGUUCUCCAUGGACUCCAUCACUGGAGAGGUCUCCCUCACUGAGGAAGGAUCCUCCACUCUGGAUCCAGAGAUGUGUGGUCGUUACAAGCUCCAAGUGAUGGUGAAGGACAUGGCUGGGAAGGCAAAUGCUUUCUUCACCACUGGCACCGUUACUGUAGAGGUGACAGGAAACACCUGGGCUUCGCCCGACCCUGUGCGACUUCAGGAGAAUCUGCCUGGCCCGUACCCGAUUCCCAUAUCCCAGGUGAAGUGGAGCGGAAGCCAGGCCGAGUACAGUCUGGAGGGGGAGUUUCCAGAGAUGCUCUUCACCAUCAGCAGAGAAGGAGUCAUUUAUCUCAAUGCUCCUUUGGACAGAGAGACCCAAGACCAGUUUCUCAUCAGUAUUGUGGUUGAGCGUCCUGAUGGCAGAGAGAUCGCCAAACCUGUGGAGUUGAGAGUAAUGGUGGGUGACGCCAACGAUAACAGACCCACCUUCCCGCAGGCGCAGUACCAUGCCGUGGUCAAGGAACUAGCUGCUCGAGGAACAGAAAUCCUGACAGUGCAGGCAGCUGAUAAUGACGAUCCCAAGACAGAUAAUGUGAGGAUCUUCUACCGUUUAGUCGGGCAAAUUCCAGAGAGUCCGCGCGCACUUUUCCGAGUGGAUCGGGACUCAGGAGUCAUCUCUGUGCAGGCAGACAGCAUGGAGGGCACAGCACCACAGUACACCCUUACUAUCACUGCUGAGGAUGCUAAAGGUCUUAACAGUUCGUGCACUGUGGUUGUGACAGUACAGGAUGAGAACAACAACCCACCAGCCUUUGCCCAGCAUGAGUAUGGACCCUUUCAUGUUCCUGAAGAUGCUCCAUUGGCUACCACGGUAACGUCUGUAUUAGCGAGGGAUGCAGAUGUACGAGGGGGAGACAGCUGGCAGGUGGACUACUGUCUGGAGUCCGGAAACGAGGAGGAGGUCUUUAUGUUGGUGACGGACAAGCAGACCAAUGAAGUGUCGCUGGUGCUUUCCAAGGUUCUAGACUUUGAACGUGAGAGCGAGUACAUUUUGGUGCUUAGCGCCCAGAAUCCCGUUCCUCUGGUCCGUGGCAGAUAUGGACCAGCAUCCACAGCGACAGUCUCAAUAUAUGUUGAUGACAUAAAUGAGGGCCCAAUUCUAUCUCAAAGUCAUUAUGAGGUGACUGUCAGAGAGGGGGAGGAACCAGGACGCGUCAUUGCCACCAUUAGAGGUUACGACCCAGAUUCUCAUCCAAUAAGAUAUUCUCUUCAAGGGGACACCAAGAAAUAUUUCUCAAUAGGGAAGUAUUCCGGUGAGCUAAAGACUGUGCAAGCCUUGGACAGAGAGGAAAACAGCACCUACACCAUGGAAGUCAUUGCUGUGGAUGGACGAAACUCUUCUUUGUCUGCCUCCACCCUGGUAACUGUCCACAUCCUGGAUGUGAAUGACAACAGUCCCGUGCUGGUUGGAGACUAUUCCUGGAAGUACCUGUGCACGCCGCGGUGGGAGGACCAAGCUUUGGUGCUGGCUUCACGGGACAGUGAUGGACCUCAACAUGGAGGCCGACUUAAUUUCUCUCUCCGCAGUGAUGCCACAGUUCGACGUAACUGGAAGCUUACCCCCAUCAAUGAUACUCACACCAACCUGUCGUUAAACAUCCCAUACCUGGCCCCAGAGGUCUAUACUGUGCCCUUUACCAUCUCUGACAGCAGUUCCCCUCCCAGAAGCACCUUCAUUAAUCUGCCAGUAACUGUAUGUACCUGCAAUGUGAGAGGAAGCUGCAAAAUAGCUGCCAAGCCUUUGGAGGGCAUGCCAACCAUUCAGUCUGCAGUGGGGAUUCUGCUUGGCACCUUUGCAGUCAUUGGAACCAUCCUCAUCAUUACAUUUGUUAGACUAUCUUACCAGAACCCCAAAGAGCCAAAUGAAACUAACCAGGAAAGAGCUCUCCUGAAGAUUUAAAGCUGAUGAGGUUGAUCAUUUUGUGUUGUUUUUAUUAUCUGCACCAGUGAAACAAUAUUGCUUUCAGUUUACAGUGAAUGCCUAAAUGUAUACGUGUCAAUCAAUUAGUCUAAGUAUAAAUAAAGAGACAUUUAGAUGUAUAGCACUCACAACUAUCUCUGACCUAGCUCAACUCAGAUAUAAAAAUUUAUUAAGCUGGGGGUUUCUUUUCUUUUUCUUUUUUGUUUGAAAGUAUUAGGUUUGAUUGAAGAAAAUAAAAAAAAACUUCAUAGUCACAGUUUUUGAGAAAAAAUACAAAAAUUACAACAUCAGUUAUAUUACUUAUUGUUAGUUUUAGAAUUUAAGUUGAAAUUUAUUACUUUUUUAAUUUACUAAAAUGACUGUGGUGGUAAAUUAUUCUUUGACGAUGUCACUAAGGUAACUAAAAGUUCUUUGCAAAUUAUUAUGGGCAGAAAAUUCAUUUUCCGUUUGCUUUGCCUUUUAACAUCAGAGAUGUCACCGGCAACACCUAAAUAAUGCAAGCUCUAUGCGUCAAAAUGAAUCAACUGAUUCUGACGCGAAGAAAAACUUUUUUAUUUUUGGCAUUGCACCGAUAUGCAACUUUUUUUUCGUUUGGCGCACACACAUUUUUGAUCCUCCAUUUUUGCAUGAGCACAGUGUGAUGGACUAACAUUCAUUAUUUGCAUUUGACUUCUCUUUCCUUCAGUGGUAACUCUUUGAACUCUAUUAUUCAAAUAAAAUAAAUUCUGUUUGCUUUUGCAGCUCAUAGCUGACUCUAGACUAUGUUUUAUUUAGACAAAUUUAGCCGGAAAACCCAACUGGCACAAACAAAUGUAAACCAUGAAUAAGUGAAAGUCUUCUGAAUGACUUGGCUAUCAGUGUUUACCGACCUAAUUGCUUCCUAUUAGCAACAGAAAAAGCUUUACAAGUUCAAAGAACAAUAAACUUCUUUACAAAACUCUUUA